AUGGCUGCGAACACGCGAACACAACCUCCACUCAGAAAACAGGAGUUUAAAUCGCAGAUACCGUCGCUCAUUCACUCGCGAUCUAACAAUGAGCUCCACGACCAGCCGCACUCGCCGCAACACUAUGGGUUUACAAGCCCACUUCACACCCCUCAGGGCAGCCCCAGCAAAAGCCGUCUCCCUCCCGGAGCAACUGACCUUCCCAGUAUUUUCGACAAUGCAAUGAAACUCAAUCCAUCAUCUCCGCCCAAAUCGGUUUUCAAUCUCACCAACCUACCUCCAGGAAAAGGGCAGAUCAGCGGGGUAGAAGAGUUGGAAACAUUUACUGAAAGCGUGAUUCAUAAAACAACUGCUGCAUCCUCCAGCCCUACGCGACGACGAAAUCAAGAAAACACGCCGCCAGGUGGUUCACGCGCCGGAAAGGAGCCGGCUGUUGACUCAAACAACCCCGCUGCAGUUUCGCGACAUGAAGCUUAUCAGAGCAAGGUGCAGCGAGAGCGGAAGAAUCCAGCUCAGACGCGAGGCCUGACCACAGAAGAGCUUGAAAAAUUACAACUACCAAAUGUCCAGCGUAUUGCUAACGUCACCCAACUAUAUUUCCUCGAUCAUUAUUUUGACCUCCUAAGCUAUGUCCAUAAUCGACAGACGCGUCAAGCCCAAUUUAAAACCGCCUAUCCUCCUCCUCCUCUCACCUCACGCGCUGAAUACGAAUCUGCUUUACAGAAAUACCUUGGCAGGGAGCGUGCUCAUUUGCGCAAAAGAAGAACGAGGCUUCGCCAUGCUGAUUUUCAAAUUCUCACCCAAGUUGGUCAAGGUGGAUACGGCCAAGUCUAUCUCGCACAGAAAAAAGAUACACGCGAGGUGUGUGCCCUAAAGGUUAUGAGCAAGAAGCUUCUGUUUAAGCUAGAUGAAGUGAGGCAUAUAUUGACUGAACGGGAUAUUCUUACUGCUGCGAAGAGUGACUGGCUGGUGAAGUUGUUAUACGCUUUUCAAGAUGACGAGAAGAUAUAUUUGGCAAUGGAAUAUGUUCCAGGAGGUGACUUUCGCACCCUACUCAACAAUGCCGGUGUCCUUCAUAAUCGUCAUGCACGCUUCUAUAUCUCAGAGAUGAUUCAGUGUGUUGAUUCUCUGCAUGCGCUUGGCUAUAUUCACCGAGAUCUCAAGCCGGAAAAUUUUCUGAUUGACUCCACCGGUCAUGUGAAGCUGACUGACUUUGGAUUGGCGGCUGGGAUGCUCAGUCCCGGAAAGAUUGAGUCUAUGAGGAUCAAGCUAGAGGAAGUUGGUAAGACUUCUGUCCCGUUUGGCCGUCCCAUGGGUCAACGCACGGCUGCGGAAAGACGAGAGGGAUAUCGCACGCUCAGAAAGCGUGAAGUUAACUAUGCAAAAUCGAUUGUUGGAUCCCCUGAUUAUAUGGCUCCAGAGGUCCUCAAAGGAGAAGAAUAUGAUUUUACAGUUGACUACUGGAGCUUGGGCUGCAUGCUGUUCGAAGCUUUAGCUGGAUACCCACCUUUUGCCGGUGCCACUGUUGAUGAGACUUGGCAGAAUCUUAAACAAUGGGAGCAAGUUCUUCAGGAACCCGUAUACGACGACCCUGCGUAUUUUCUAUCAAGACGCACAUGGGAUUUGAUCAUCCGACUUGUCGCUGCAAAGGAGCGCCGUUUCAAGAAUAUUAAAGAGAUUCAUAUGCACGAAUACUUCCUAGAAGUUGACUUCAACAAGCUGCGUGAUAUGCACCCUCCAUUUGUUCCCGAACUGGAUUCUGAAACAGACGCUGGCUACUUCGAUGACUUUGGUAGCGAGGCGGACAUGGCAAAGUACAAGGAAGUUCACGACAAACAAAAAGCCCUGGAGGAUAUGGCAGAAAGAGACGAUAAAAUGAGUAAGAGCUUGUUUGUUGGAUUUACUUUUCGGCAUCGUAAACCCGCAACGGGAACAGAGGGACGAGCCAAUAGUCCUCGAAAAGCGAUUCCAACAGAUGGCUCUUUUGGUACAAUUUUUUAA